UAGUCAUCAUGCACUACAAACCCACUAGAGAAUUCCAACCUCAAACAAACGCCAAGUAGCUCUUUCUUCGCUCGAGACUUUCUUUGUUCCCCUGUUUUGUAUCACUACCAAAAUUACCUAAAUGUAACACCAAACCCGGGCCAGACGAUGCUCGAAGCUUUUCUGUCAGAGACAGCUGGUAGUGACUGGCUCUUAUGUCCUUUCAGGAGUCUCAAAUGAUGAGUUCGGUGCAUAUGAUGCAACUCGUCAAGGAGUACAAAGGCUUCCCUGGGAUAUAAGCAGCGCUUCAGACCUAGUUCCUGAGUUACAUUAUUCUGAAAUCUCAACUCUCUUCCCACAAUUCCAAUUCAAAACUACCAAGAUGAACGCACCUUCCAACCAGAUCAUGAUGCCAGUGGGCCCACACCACGACCUCCUCACAGAGAAAAUCGCCAUUGAUUGCGAAAUGAUGCGAUCAAACAUCGGUCAAGUCCUCGGUCGAGUCUCAGUCAUCAACUACAACAGCCAAACAAUCUUCGACACCUUUGUGUGCUAUCCUCAACCCAUCCACGUCACCAACACCAGCGAACAGUAUUCUGGAAUCAGAUGGAGCGACAUCGAUCCCCAGAACGGCGCUCAGCCCUUCCUCCAAGUUCAAGCUCAGCUUGUUGAGAUCUUCCGUGGCCGUAUUGUCAUCGGUCAUGAUAUCGAGAAGGACCUGAGGGUCAUUCGGAUGGAUUUGCAAACUCACACCUUGCGGCUCGAAGGUGUUUAUCAAAUAGAAACUCCUGUCAAGCUUGAUAUGAAGACCCGUGACACUCAGAAGUACACGGGCUACAGCCAAUACGCUAUCGGUCCGCACGGUCCCAGUCUCAAGACUCUUGCUCUAGAAGUGUUGGGUCGUCCAAUCAAGAUGGGUCGGAUAUCAAGUGUGGAAGAUGCUGUAGCAACUAUGGCAGUCUAUCGGAAUGCUGAGGCGGGUAUUGAACAAGAGCAAGCGAAAUAGACUUCACGGAUGGAAUAGGAGGUCUUGCUUUUACAAGUAGCAAAUGGUCUUUCAUUAUUUCGAACACCUACUCGUGACUCCUUACAAGUGAUUGCAUGCAGCAUAUCCAAUAAAGCCCGUAGCUCUACUCCUGGUCCUCAAACACAACC